GAGCUGAAAUGAGAGGGAGACUCAUCUCUGUGGCUGCCUGUCUCUUUACCCUUCUGUGUCCCUGCCAUGUGUUUCAGGUGACGCAGCCUGUGACCCAGACGGUUAACCCUGACGGUACUGUCUCCAUCACCUGUAAUCACACAGACCCAAAGGAAGACUUUGUCAUUGACGCCAGGCUGAACAGACUCAAAAACUCUGAUGUUAGCAUGGUCUGUCAGGUGAAUAACACUCAGGUGGCUGACUGCACCAGCAUGAAGGUGACAUGGAACCAGUACAAGUUCACAUUACACAACUUAAAAGCUGAGGACAUCAGUGAUCUGUUCCAGUGUGAGUUCUCCAUAUCAUCUCCUAUACCCAUGAAGCCCAUCAGGACUGUACGGGGGAAAACAUUCACCAAACUGCUGCCAGGACUGGCAGGAGAUGCUGCUGUCCCUGUGUGUCCUUCCCCUGCACCCGAGUCUCCUGAGGCUGAGCUGAUUGUCCAACUGAAGUGGAUUGUGAUUGGCCUGUCUACGUUUCUCUGUCUCUACAGCUUUACCAUCACCUUCUUCUAUAUCAGGCUAAGGGUCAUGCGAUCCGAGGAGCUGUAUGAUUCGCUGACAUACGUCCCCAUGCAGCCUAAUCAGCCCCAGCCUACGAGGGGAAGAGGGAACAUUAAUUCAACCUACAUGGAUAUGAGGAAGGUGCCAGUUGGAGUGAGAGCCUCACAAUCCAACCACCACAACUCCCAACUCAAUUGCUGACCAAAAUAAAGCGACCUUCAACUGAUCAGUUGGAUCAAUCAAUCAGAUUCUAGAACCAUUCACUUUAAAGCCCAACAUUCUAUCCCACUGGGCACAGACGUCAGCUCAACGUCUGGUUCUGUUUUACGUUUGGUUGAGUUGUCAACUAACGUGAAUUCAACGUGAACUAAUCAUUCAAAAAAGGUUAAAAGUUGGGUGAAAAAAAGAAUUCCUUUACGUUGAUGACUUUUUGCAAAUCCAAUCGGUUUUCCACGUUGAUUGAGCUUUAUCACAAAAAAAAAAAUGACGUGAAAACAACGUUGUGUUUUUGCUCAGUGGGAUGCUGCUUACUAGUCUAGAAUGUGUUUGAUGUAAGUGCUUAAGUAGGGCUUUCCGACUAGUCACAAUGAUUGUAGAAACAAAACAACUGCUGCUUGUUAUAUUCAAAUUGAAUUUCAAUAAACAUAUGAUGCAUAUUGGAGAGAGAGUGAUAUGGGAACUCCCACACUAAAGGAAUUAUGCUUUAAAGAUAAAAUAAUAAAAUACAAAAUAAUG